AUGACAGUGGCACCACGAUGCGGGCGCGCCGGCAGUCUAGCGGCGACGCCGGGUGAGAAACUAAUGGAGCUGCUCCGUCCCAGCGCAGGCACGCCGCGCCGGCACUCCACCGCCGCGUGCGCGCCGCAGCCGCCGCGGCCCUCGGGCUUCGUCUACUGCCCCUCCGACGCGCUGCCCUACUGCCCCCCGUCCAGGAUCACGCCGCAGCGGCCCAUCUUGAAAGUUAGUGCAAACACUGUUACAUAAUCAACACGUAUCUGUAACUGAGAACUGUUGUUACAGUUACAACCACCACCACCACAGAUCCAACAGCCGCCGGCGCCACCGCAGCCGCCGCCGGUGCCGCAGCGCACGGCGCCCGUCCCGCCGGCUCCGCUGCCGGCGCCGCCGCCGCCGCCGCGCCGCGCCUCGCCGCAGCCGCCGCGCCGAGCGCCGCCGCCCACGCCGCCGCGACCACCCGCCACCAGCCCCGCCGACCCCAACGGCAACCGCCGCACCAACCCCCAACUACCACGCCUCGACUGCAACAGAAACCCACAACCGCCCGUCCCGCGGCGACCGCCCCAAAAACUACCAGAUAGCUACACGCCUCCGCCACCACCGCCUCAAAACAACCAAACUAUAAAACGCUCGCCCAGCUCGGGGUCCAACAUCAGCGUCAGACAAGACUCGAAUGUCUCAUCAGACUCGUUCAGCCAGACGUCGUCGCCCUCGUACACGACCAAGACCAUGGAGGCGCCUCUGCUGCCGCACCAGCACGUGAACAAGAGCCUGAACGCCAAGAUCGCGCGCGGGCUGCUGCUGAAGGAGCAGCAAGAGAAGGAGGCGGGCAACUCGUCCAUCACCAAGAGCAUGUCCACGCCCGCCUCGCUGCAGACCAUCGUCCGCUUCCAGAACGGGAGCAACAUGUCCCUCCAUCAUCGGAUGCUCCGUGACAUGCGGAACGCAGGCACGGAGGGCUCUCCGCACAAGUUCCGCGUGCUGCAACUAGCGCUCAACGCGGUGGCGCUGCUAGCCAUCACAGGCGCACUGUUCGCCUACUUCCGAGCCAACCCUGCUGUUCAGUACGUGUCUCAAGUGGUGAACCGGUCCACCGUUGUGACGUGGCCGGCGCCGACGGAGCCGCCGGGCGCCAGAAACCCGGCGCCGGGCGUGUGCCUGCCCGUCAUCGUCAGCUUCUGCCAGCAGCACCGUGUCACCUACAACUUCACGGUGUUCCCCAACUACAUCGGACACUUCGGCCAGAGGGACGCUCAACAGGACCUGGAGAUCUACGACGCGGUGGUGGACGUGCGCUGCUACGAGCUGACGGCGCUGUUCCUCUGCUCGCUCUUCGUGCCCAAGUGCGGCCCGCUGGGACACAUGGUGCGCCCGUGCCGGAGCUUGUGCCAAGAAACAAUGCGGCGCUGCGGCUUCUUCCUCGAAGUGUUCGGACUUUCCAUGCCCGACUACCUGCAGUGCGAGAUAUUCCCCGAGUCAACCGACACCGACGUGUGCCUGGGCAACAGGGAGGUCAAGGAGGCCAGGUUCCGCGCCGCCAAACCAGUGUGCCCCACCGGCUUCCAAUGCGACGUGAAGCGCUGCAUCCCGCACGACUGGCGCUGCGACGGGCACGUGGACUGCGCCGACCGCUCCGACGAGCUGAACUGCCGCGUGUGCAAGCGCAGCGGCGACGUCCACUGCGGCAACCAGCGCUGCAUCUCGCAGGCGCACAUGUGCGACGGCCGCGUCGACUGCCCGUGGGGGCAGGACGAGCGCAACUGCCUGCGUCUGAGCGAGGCGAACGGCGACAUCGGGCGCGGCGAGCUGCAGGUGUACCGCGCCGUCAACCAGUCGUGGUACCCCGCCUGCCUCGGCGCGCUCGACAACAACACCGCGCUCAAGCUAUGCUCCAUGCUGGGAUACUCCUUGCUGAACAAGAGCUUCGUCCAAGGCGGGCUGCCCGCGGGAUCCCGCGCCGGCCGCGCGUCGCUUUCGGGCGUGGCGCAGACCUACCGCGCCUUCCAGCGGAGUGAGGGCGGUCUAUUGAGAGAGCUGAAGGAGUGCCGUCACGACACCGCUAAAGUGCAUCUGGUGUGCAACAACUAUGAAUGCGGUAGACGUCGCACGGUGGGGGGUGCGUCAAAGCGGAUAGUGGGGGGCGUGGAGGCUUCUCCUGGUGAUUGGCCGUUCCUAGCCGCCAUCCUCGGCGGGCCCGAGGAGGUGUUCUACUGCGCGGGAGUGCUUAUUGCUGACCAGUGGGUGCUGACCGCCUCGCACUGUGUUGGGAACCACUCAGACGUGAAUGGCUGGACCAUUCAGCUGGGCAUCACGCGGCGGCGCUCGCACGCGUACUAUGGGCAGAAGGUGAAGGUGCGGCGCGUCGUGCCGCAUCCGCAGUACAACAUCGGCGUCGCGCACGACAACGAUAUCGCGCUCUUCCAACUCGCGGUGCGCGUGCGCUACCACGAGCAGCUGUCGCCGGUGUGCCUGCCGCCGGCCGAGCGCGCGCUGGCGCCGGGCACCGUGUGCACCGUCAUCGGCUGGGGCAAGCGCGACGACAAGGACAUGUCAGAGUACGAGCCGGCAGUGAACGAGGUGGAGGUGCCGGUGCUGAACCGCGACCUGUGCAACCAGUGGCUGGAGCACCGCGACCUCAACGUCACCGCCGGCAUGAUCUGCGCCGGCUACCCCGAGGGCGGCAAAGACGCUUGCCAGGGCGACUCGGGCGGGCCGCUGCUGUGCAAGGACCCGGACGAGCCGUCGCGCUGGUUCGUGGGCGGCAUCGUGUCGUGGGGCAUCAAGUGCGCGCACCCGCGCCUGCCCGGCGUCUACGCCUACGUGCCCAAGUACAUCCCCUGGAUCACCGACCAGAUCCGCGCCUACAACGACGACCACGCGCGCUCCGACGACGUCUGAGCGCGACAUAACCACGACAAUAAAUGGCUACGUAUUCACAUAUCACUCGUCUAUCGUGUGAAGUAAAGAAGCUGUGAUACUAUGAAAUUCUAUAUUCGAUUGUAUUGUAUUAAAAGUUUAUCGCGUCGGAUCGAACGACUCGGCCGUUUAUUUCGGACUCGGUCAUAUACAGAACUCUUUGAUAUGUACGUUUAAGCCGUUCGGUUAAGUGGUGUAGGGUUCUAAAAGCUUUAGCCUAAUCUUUUAGGAGAUUUUUAUAAUGGUCCUUGAUUUUUUCAUUUCUAUUACGUGUUGUAUGUUUAGUGUCAUAUACCGUAGGGGUUAAGUGUAUAUUUGUUUGAUGUUUGGUGUUAGUAGUUUUAGGGGAAAGUGCUUUUAUAGAUUAAUGCGACGUUUUGUUUGGAUGCGGCCGCUAACCCUCGUCCAAAGGAAUGUCGAUGACGUAGCGUAAGCGUCUCUUCCCGCGUGACAAUAACACUCGUAACAGCUUUAACGCUUAUACAACUACUGUUACUUAUUAGGACAGUCAUGACAAUAAAGUUUGGGAAAACUUUUUAGUAUUACUCGAUGUUAAAAUAAUGACAAUGAUCAUCAAUGUAAAUAAUGACAAUAAAGUACUUACUAAUGAUGAUUGUAACUAAAUAAUACAAUCCUAGAAACAAAGGACAAUAAGUAUUUAAUUUUUUGACUGUAUUUAUAUGAAAAGUAGAGUAAGCUUUGUUAAUGUAACUAUACAAUGACAAUAAUACUUACAUCUUAGACCCAUAAAUGAUCUCCCCAAAGUAGAUAGGUAGUAACAUUUUUUAAACCAUGAAAUUUUUGAUGACUUGAAGGAAAAAUUAGUAAAAUAGCUUUAAUAGAUUAUAAGGUUAACACUAGUUUUAACCUAGUCACGUGACAAUACUUAGCGGUAGUUUGAACAUACUUUGUCCAGCUCCGAAUAUUAUCUAUCUCUGUUAAUUUUGUAAUUGUGUAUUUUUUAUUAAAUAUGGACUCAAUUCAGAAUUGAAAGAUCAAACU